AUGUCAGUCCCAACACGCCACGGCGGUAGCGAAGUCGGAGAGAAUCCGUACGAGAACGCCGAUAUCGACCAGGCGCUCUCCAUCCUCGACUCACGUAUGCGAAUGCUCCUAGACACCAGACGAGUUAUUCGAAACUUUCGAGACUCCCACGAUGAUACCGAUCGCAGAAUGGCUCUGAGUAUGGCAGCAGCUGUGAUCACAGACGGUCCUCUGAUCGCCUCUCACAUUCGUUUUGAGCAAAUCGCGACACACGAUCAUGGCCUGGCUCUACAAAUGCAAAGCGCUGAGAAUGCGAGACGUCCGAUGACGCUCACAGAUCGACAUCUUCCUCCACCCGGCGAGACCGAGCCCGAUCGCGAUCAGAUGAUCUUCCUCGCGCGACUUGCUGGUCGAUAUAUUUCUCCGGCGGCAUGCGAGAUUCUCCUACCAUCCGACAUUCUGACCACAGAGCAACAAGCUGGCAACAGUUCAUCUCUAGCAGCCAUUCACGAAUGCGUUAUCUGCGGCGAUAGCAAGUACUGGUACGAGACACUGCUCAUGCCUUGCGGCGAUGAACAAUGUGUCGCUUGUCUACAAGAACUCUUCACCGGCUCGUACAAGGACGAAUCACUCUUUCCACCAAAGUGCUGUCGGCAAGUCAUACCAAUCAACAAACAUCUCCGUCUUCUCAUCGGUCCGGCCUUGUUGACUCCCUACGCCAAUCCUGCAUCUGUGGUGCUGCGUUCUGUUACGUGUGUGGUGAAAAGUGGAAGGGUUGUGGAUGCGAUCAAUUCGAUGAGGACCGUCUCCUUGAGCGAGCCGAGGUCCUGGUGGAUCGUGAUGGUGCGCGUGCACGAACGGAAGCGCAACGUCAGGUGGAGAUACAACGAAUGGCCGACAUGGUCCGCGAGCGUCACGCAUGCCAACAUACUCGUCCUUGGCGGAGAAUACCGACUGUUGGAAACUGGCAGCUUUGCGAACACUGUGGAGGCAGCGCCCGUCCAUCUCGGAUCGACUCUGCAAGAGAUGGAUGCGAUGACCGCCGAGCUAGUGCUUCAGCUCCAGCUGGAGGAUCUUGAAGAGCUUGAAUCACAAUCGAAAGGCAAACAAAAGCAGGGCAAUGUCACUGAUGCCCAAGUAGCACGGCAACUACAACAGGAGGAAUUCCAGAAUGCAAGGAUAUGGGUGGCAGAUUCAAGCUUGGCACAAAGCAUGGCUCGGGCAGUUCAGGCUGAUGGACCAGUUGUGACACAAUUGAGGCAAGACGAAGCGGUCGCGCAGGCCGAUCGCAACAUGGCGAUGUCCCUGGCCGAACAGAGACGUACCAGCGCUACGGAAACGAACACAGAGUCAGCGGAACAACUGGACGACCAGCUGCUUGCGAGGCUGGCGAAACUCAAUAUGAAUGCCGCUCCGGGCGAACCAUCACAAUUCACUGCCACAUCAGUCGCCGCUGAAGUGAACGAGGACGACGAGGAGGGGGAUCAGCCAGAAAGCUCUACUUGGGCAGCGACACGCCGCAGUACAUCUUUGAGUGUCGUCAGUGUCAUCUACGAGCUUGCAAUCGCUGCAAACGGAAUCGUCUGUGACCAUUUGAUGCAGGAGUUCUGGAUAGACUGA